CAAAAAGAUGUGGGGGUUUUUACGAAAGUUAAGUCUUCGUGGGUGUCUUGGAGUAGGAGACAAUGCAUUAAGGACCUUUGCACAAAACUGUAGGAACAUUGAAGUACUAAAUUUAAAUGGGUGUACAAAGACUACAGACGCUACAUGUACUGUACUAGCCUUAGCAAGUUCUGUUCCAAACUCAGGCAUCUUGACUUGGCUUCCUGUACAUCAAUAACAAACAUGUCUCUAAAAGCUCUGAGUGAGGGAUGUCCACUGUUGGAGCAAUUGAACAUUUCCUGGUGUGACCAAGUAACCAAGGAUGGCAUCCAAGCACUAGUGAGAGGCUGUGGGGGUCUGAAAGCCUUAUUCUUAAAAGGCUGCACACAGCUAGAAGAUGAAGCUCUCAAGUACAUAGGUGCACACUGUCCUGAACUGGUGACUUUGAACUUGCAGACCUGCUUGCAAAUCACAGAUGAAGGUCUCAUUACUAUAUGCAGAGGGUGCCAUAAGUUACAGUCCCUCUGUGCCUCCGGCUGCUCCAACAUCACAGAUGCCAUCCUGAAUGCUCUUGGUCAGAACUGCCCACGACUUAGAAUAUUAGAAGUGGCAAGGUGUUCUCAAUUAACAGAUGUAGGCUUUACCACUCUGGCCAGGAAUUGCCAUGAGCUUGAAAAGAUGGACCUGAAAGAGUGUGUUCAAAUAACAGAUAGCACCUUAAUCCAACUUUCUAUACACUGUCCUCGACUUCAAGUACUGAGUCUGUCUCACUGUGAGCUGAUCACAGACGAUGGAAUUCGUCAUCUGGGGAAUGGGGCCUGUGCUCAUGACCAGCUGGAGGUGAUUGAACUGGACAACUGCCCACUAAUCACAGACGCAUCCCUGGAGCACUUGAAGAGCUGUCACAGCCUUGAGCGGAUAGAACUCUAUGACUGCCAGCAAAUCUCACGGGCUGGAAUCAAGAGACUCAGGACCCAUUUACCUAAUAUUAAAGUCCACGCCUACUUCGCACCUGUCACUCCACCCCCAUCAGUGGGGGGCAGCAGACAGCGGUUCUGCAGAUGCUGCAUCAUCCUAUGACAGUGGAGGUGGCAGCGGUGGCAAACUGAGUAUUUAAUGACACUUCUAGAGUUACCGCGGAGUCUCCAGUGGAAGCGACCCAGUGUUUGGGCAAGGGUUACCACAUGAGGCAGCCUCCAGAUU